GUGUGCCGUGUGCACCCCAGUACAUAGACUACUAGUGCGCGGCCACCCUCCGAUUCAUUCGAAAACAGUGGUAGUCAGAGAAAAGAGCCUUAAACUCUUAUAGUAGAAUAAUUCCGAAAAUUUUAGUUUAUUAUUUUCUAAUUCCAUUUCGACCAGGACAAAAACUAACUUGUGAAAAUGCCAUUCACCCCAGUUGAGACUCCAAAAUGCCCAAAGUGCGGCAAAUCAGUAUACGCAGCUGAGGAACGUGUUGCUGGAGGAUACAAGUUCCACAAAACCUGCUUCAAAUGCGGAAUGUGCAACAAAGCUCUUGACUCGACAAACUGCACUGAACACGAUAAGGAAUUAUUCUGUAAGAACUGCCAUGCUCGCAAAUACGGACCUAAGGGAUACGGCUUCGGUGGUGGAGCAGGAUGUCUGUCCAUGGACACAGGCUCCCAUUUGCAAACAGAUGGGAGUGAAGUUCGUAAUGGUGCACGUCUAGAGCCAAGAGUCAUUGCUAAAGCUCCCGAAGGACAAGGCUGUCCACGAUGUGGAGGGUACGUCUAUGCCGCUGAGCAAAUGUUAGCCAGAGGAAGGGGCUAUCAUAGGAGAUGUUUUAAAUGUUUGCUAUGCAACCGAACAUUGGAUUCGACAAUGCAUUGUGAUGGUCCUGACAAAGAAAUAUAUUGUAGAGGUUGCUAUGCACAAAAGUUUGGUGCUAGAGGAUAUGGUCAUACAGGGGCAUCAUCCUUAGGUCUAAUGUGUGACAUAAAGGAUGCCGAAUGGCAAAGUGAUAUGGCACCAAAGACAACUGUCAUCGAUACAUCCAUCAUCAAGGCUCCACCUGGCCAAGGUUGUCCACGUUGUGGUGGUGUCGUCUUCGCCGCUGAACAAGUUCUUUCUAAGGGCCGCGAGUGGCAUCGCAAGUGCUUCAAGUGUAAGGACUGUACUAAAACUUUAGAUUCGAUUAUUGCCUGUGACGGCCCCGAUAAAGAUGUCUAUUGCAAGACCUGCUAUGGCAAGAAAUGGGGUCCACAUGGUUUCGGAUUCGCUUGCGGUUCUGGUUUCUUGCAAACUGAUGGGCUAACCGAGGAUGAAAUCUCCGCCCAGCGCCCAUUCUACAACCCUGAUACCACUUCCAUCAAAGCUCCUGAAGGCCAAGGAUGUCCACGCUGUGGCGGUAUGGUGUUCGCCGCCGAACAACAACUAGCCAAAGGAACAAUGUGGCACAAGAAAUGUUUCAACUGCGCCGAAUGUCAUAGACCUUUAGAUUCUAUGCUUGCUUGCGAUGGGCCUGAUAAGGAAAUCCACUGCAAGGCUUGCUACGGUAAACUUUUCGGACCUAAGGGAUUCGGCUAUGGCCACACCCCAACCCUGGUUUCCACAAGUGGCGAAUCCACUGUUGCUUUCCCUGAAGGUCGUCCAUUCAAUGGCCCGAAAUCACAAAAUGGUUGCCCACGAUGUGGAUUCGCUGUUUAUGCUGCCGAGCAAAUGAUUAGCAAGAGCAGAAUCUGGCACAAACGUUGCUUCCAUUGCGCUGACUGUCGAAAAUCGUUGGAUUCUACCAAUCUGAAUGACGGUCCUGAUGGUGACAUUUACUGUCGAAGUUGUUAUGGGCGCAAUUUCGGACCAAAAGGUGUAGGAUAUGGCUUAGGGGCUGGCACCCUAACAAUGGCCUAAAUCCUGCCGUCCUAUCCACGUAAUUCUUCUUGAAAACCCUUUUUGCAAACAAAUUUUCCAAAACUUUCUUUAGAUAAAUUUUUACUUAUCCAACAAUAACGAGAAAAGAUUUUUUGCAACUUCGACUAAUGUAAAUGAAUUUUUAUAGAAUAAAUCGACAACGCCAGAAUAUUCGCGAUUCGCAAUUUAUCCACUAAUUUGUAGUAUUUACAUUUGAUUUUGCCAUCAUAUUUUUUACCAUAUUGGGAUACUUUUUCAUACUAGAUUAUCAUAUUCCCAACAGCAGUAACACACUGCAUUUGUUUUUACGAUUAUUUGUAUUUUGUGUAAAUUCAAAGAUAUAUAUGAAAUGUUAUUUUGUAUCAUGUUUUUUUUAUUUUAGUGAACUGAAGAAACUGAAAAAACUGCUUUUAUUAUAUUAA